AUGAGGUGGGAAAGGGUUCAGCUACAGCCCAAACAAGCUCACCAGCAACAGCAGCAACAAGAAUUGUUGUGUGAGAUAUCUGGGCCAGGGAAGAGGUGGGGGCACACCUGCAACGCCAUUAAAGAAGGGAGGUUGCUAUAUGUCUUUGGGGGUUAUGGCAAAGACAACUGUCAGACCAACCAAGUUCACGUUUUCGACACUGCUACGCAUACAUGGAGUCAGCCGGUGAUAAAAGGAACCCCUCCAACUCCAAGGGACAGCCACAGCUGUACCGCCGUUGGUGAUAAUCUCUUCGUUUUUGGGGGUACAGAUGGGAUGAACCCUCUCAAGGAUUUGCAUAUAUUAGACACCUCUUCACAUACAUGGAUAUCUCCAAGUUUAAGAGGCGACGGACCGGAGGCACGAGAGGGUCAUAGUGCAGCCCUUGUUGGGAAACGGCUUUUUAUAUUUGGUGGCUGUGGAAAAUCAUCUAUUAAUAGCGAUGAAGUGUACUACAAUGAUCUUUACAUUUUGAAUACAGAGACGUUUGUAUGGAAACAUGCUACAACAUCAGGCAACCCACCAUCUCCACGUGAUAGCCAUACUUGUUCAUCUUGGAAGAACAAAAUAAUUGUGAUUGGUGGUGAAGAUGGGCAUGAUUACUAUUUAUCCGAUGUCCAUAUCCUUGAUGCAGAUACUCUAAUGUGGAGGGAGCUGAACACUUCAGGCCAGCUUUUGCCACCCCGAGCUGGUCAUUCAACUGUUGCUUUUGGGAAGAAUUUAUUUGUUUUUGGGGGAUUCACAGAUGCCCAAAAUCUAUACAAUGACCUCCACAUGCUUGAUGUUGAUACUGGUGUAUGGACCAAGGUGAUAACUGCAGGUGAUGGGCCUUCUGCUAGAUUUUCUGUUGCUGGGGACUGCUUGGAUCCUGUGAAGGGAGGUGUACUUGUGUUUAUUGGUGGUUGCAAUAAAAGUCUUGAGGCACUGGAUGACAUGUAUUACUUAUACACAGGACUUACCAGGGAGAGUGAACGGAGGCUAGAGAAAUUAUCUUUGAGGAAGCAAUUAAAGCUAAAGUGCCAAGAGCAAAAUCUCACUUCUUUUCACGACAAGCCUCUUGUUAACGUUGGAACUGGUGCAGAUAUGAGGCAACCCAUGACAGUUCCAUUUUAUGCCCAACCAUGUAGACAGAAUAUCCCAUUGAAUCAAUCCCAGCUUCUUCUGGGAAAGAAGACAUUUCAAGCAAAGGUUACUGAAAAACUUUUUGAUGGAUAUACGAUUGAAACUGUCAUUGAUGGAAAGCCUCUUCGUGGUAUCUUGUUUUCCAACAAGCCAGACAUUCACAACAUAACUACUCCUAAUUCCAGCAGGAAGCGGGCUGCCAGCGAAGCUGGUGGUUUAAUGUCAAAUGGUGAUUACAACAGCAAAUCAAAAACUUCUAGGAACGUCAGGCAAGAGACGGUAGAUCACGUACAGGCAGAUAAUGUUCAUGGCAAGGAGUCUGUAUCACAUGAGCAGACAGAAGCUGCUGCAGUGUCCGUUUCUAAGGAUCAAGCAUAUUCUGAUGCUUCUCACCUGCAUAAGGUUAGUGGAAAACCUGAUCAGUCAGUGACUCCAUUGAAACUGGGUGAUAAUCAGACAAAUGAUGCUUCAAGCUUUAACACUGAAGUUGUGGGAGAAGACAGGAGUCACAGGACAACUGAUGCACCAAAUUUUGACUCUGAAGUUAUGAAGGAAAAUUUGUCUGCCACAGAAAAUACGACUGUCAGCUCUUCCCGAAACCAAGAUGGCAGGAAACUAACUGAAGGACACAGUGAAGCAACAUCUGUUUGA